AUUAGUCGCUUUCACGGCACUGAUUUGUGACUGACAGCCUGUUCAAGGACACAAAUUGAUUGCAGUCAAGACUGGACACACACAUAUUCUUGCAACAGUUCGGCCAUUGUGGCAGUUUUGUUCGUAAAAGGGUCGGCGAUGAACGCAACGAGGAAGGAGACGCGAUAGAAGAAAGAAGCGUAAAAGAUUCGUUCUGGGUCAUCUCCUGAGUGGAACCUGCGUUGUAUGCCACCUUCUCCUGUGUUUCUCCUGAUGGAUACCAGACCCGCCCACCCUUCUGCCUCCAUGCUGGCGGGCCCUGCCUCGCUGUGGCGGCUGGCUGAGAGGAGGAGCAGGAAGGCUGGUUCAGGGAACAUCUUCAGCAACGUGAACUUGUGGCAGCUUCAGAGGCUGUUCAGGGCGGCGGGCGACCAGGACGCGGAGCAGAGGGCCCAGCUGGUUUGGGGCCACAGGGAUGAAGCCGAACUGGCUCAGGCGUUAAUAGGACUGAGGGCAAGAAGUCACCGAAGAGGGCUGAGGACUAACGGAAGGGACGUGCUGGGCUCACACUGGCUGCAAGCCUUCAAUCACCUCAGGAUUGGGGAGAGCUCGCCGAGCAGCAAGGGGAAGGAUCCCGGGGAGGAGAGUGAUCCUGAAGCUCAGAGCAACCCAGAGGCCAGCAGACACACCUCAGCAGGGACGACAGGAAGAGAAACGGGGGCCAAAAUGGGACUAACUGAGAGCCAGAGUCCUGCAGGGACAUCUGAGAGACCAGCUAGAACCAGCUCAGGACUGAGGAGAGGAGGAGAGAACAACCCAGAGAGAUACCUCCACCGAAUACUCCACUAGCUCUGCUGUCAAAACUGGAGCAAGGUGGAAUUAACUUCCAUGAAAAGUAAUACGGGCACAGAUAGGCUUGCCUGUGACCUUUACAGUUUCAGGUGAAACUGUGCUGCAAUUUGAAGGAAUAGAAUAGUUCUCAUAUUGCCACAAUGUCUGGUCUUUUAAUGGCAGAUGGCAGAACACUGGCACUGCACUGUUACGUGUUGCAGACACAUCUCCACUUGAGUCUUUCAGUAUUGACUGGCUCAAUGUGUCUCAGCUUUUUAUAAUGAUUGCCUCUCAAAAACUGCCUUAUGUGUUUUCCUAAAUUCAUCCUACCGUACAUACUUAGAAUUAUUACCAAAAUUAAUGUCGUAGGAGUGUAGAUAGUGUUGUAAUCAGUAGCUCAGAGGUGUACAAGUCAGUGGUUUUGAGCAGAACACUACAUGGCAAAGUUACUUUAAAAUUGGUCCCGUCUCCCUUUUGACUGAUUGAUUUAGUCUGAAUGCACUGAUAACAUAAAGCACAACUGGAUGUGCUUACAAACAGUUGUAUCAUUUUUUUUUUUUGUACCACAAAAAGCCAUACAUGUAGUUACAUAUAAUAUUCUUUAUGUAUAUUAACUUAGAGAAGAUGUUAAUGUCUUGAUUUUGUAUUUACACUACUUGAUGUCACGAAAAGGAACAAACGUUCCAACUGAGCUGCGUUAAGUUUUACACCCCAUGUUCCUGGUUAUGUGCGGGGUCUGUUACACAAUACUAGAAAGUGUAAGAUUGGGAGAAAUAUUGGAAGUGAGGACGUGGAAGUAAUGUUUGUUUCCUAACAUAGACGUCAUUGCACAUUCAGGGAUGAUGGGUAAAAUGUCAUCGUACUGAUUGAACACGUACUUUAAACGUUGCACCGGGGACUUACGCUUGUCAAUGGUUUGUAUUUCAUUAAGGAGAGAUCAAUAGAGAGAUAAGCAUGUUUACUGAGGCUGACAACAGAGAGGCACUGUAGCGAUAAGACACAGCUGAUGUGAUGCAUCUUUGAUAAGAAUAGACGAGUGCAGACAGGAAAUGGGAAGAAUCCUCCUGGCAGUGGUGGAGUCAGUGAGGUGUUUUAGUUGAAACACCUGGGUCGCCCUGCUGGAAAAGGUGAUGUGGCAGAAUCAUAUGUCUGAAAUUCAGAAUGACAGAAGCAUGGUGACAUUCAAAGAGCAGCCGACUGAUUGGCUCGGCACCGUGCCAUCAAAAAUGGAUGAAAGGAGUUUUGCGACAGAGUGGAAAUGAGGGGAUUGGUGGCGCAGAUCAAAGUGUAAUUGCAGGAUGAUAGCCGGAAUUCCCAAUGGAAGGAGGAGUGAGAGGUUAAAGAUCUUCCUUAUUGAAUUUUCAAAAAAAAAAAAAAGCUUUAUAUUGUAAAACUUGAAUUGUCAAACUGCGCAGACCAAAACCGAUAAAUUACAAGUGCAAGGUCUCAUUGUGCAGGAACUUGAAAAAGCAAUAAAUCAUUAAACGUUCAUGGUACCAGUGUGAAACCCGCUGUGCCUAUGAAAAACAAACCUCAUCAGAUUGCUGGAAACUUGAAGAAGCUUUUUGACAAAACUGUUUGAUGUGUCAUUUUUAGAGUUAUGGUAAUAAAGUGAGUCUUUGUAUUUUUGUGUGAUUUCCUGUUUUUAUAUUGUAAUAUCUAUAGACUUGAAAUAAAAGAUGGAACUAGUAA